ACACAGGAAGGUCACACCAUCCCUCACCAUCAUCAGGGUGAAGAACUGAAAGACAUCAAAGUUGAGUUUAAAGUAGAAAAAGAAGAGAAGUCCGGGGAUCAGCAGUUUAUGGUAGAGGGUGAUCCUCUGUAUUCCCGCAAUUCCACACAGGAGGAUCACACCAUCCCCCACCAUCAUCAGGGUGAAGAACUGAAAGACAUCAAAGUUGAGGUUAAAGUAGAAAAACAAGAGGAGUCCGGAGAUCAGCAGUCUAUGGAGGAGGGAGAUCCUCUGUAUUCCCGGGAUUCCACACAGGAGGAUCACACCAUCCCUCACCAUCAUCAGGGUGAAGAACGGAUUAAUAUAAAAGCUGAGGUUAAAGAAGAAGAAGUAGAGACGUAUGUGGGGGGUGAUCAGCCAAUCACGGAGGAGGUUGGGAUGAUUAUGAAAAGUGAACAGGAGGACAUUUCUCUACCUUGUGACACAGAUGGAUGUGAUGUGAGGAAUUCCUCGGAGAGACAUCUUCUAUUAUCUGCUGAUUGUAAGUCAGAAGAUAAUGUCAUCACACAGGAUCCUCCAGGAGGAAAUCCAAAUACACAAAAUAUACAUCACAGACCUUCCUGUCCGGAGACAUCAAUGGAUCCCUCUGAUCAGGGGGAAUCUUCUCAUCAAUCACAUACUAUGAUUGUAAAUAUCCAUGUAAGAUCUCACACUGCAGAUAGAUCAACAGAUACUUCUAAUCCCGAGGAAUCUUCCUCACCCCAUGAAGGGGAUCACCGAGGUGACGAUCUAUUCCCAUGUUCAGAGUGCGGGAAAUCUUUCACUAAGAAGGGAGAACUUACUAGACACCUGAGAAUUCACACAGGUGAGCGUCCUUAUUCAUGUUCAGAGUGCGGAAAAUCUUUCACUCGGAAAGGACACCUUGCGUAUCACCAGAGAAUUCACACGGGUGAGCGUCCUUUCUCUUGUUCAGAGUGCGGGAAAUCUUUCAAUCAAAAAACACAUCUUGUUACACAUCAGAGAAUUCACACAGGUGAGCGUCCUUAUUCAUGUUCAGAGUGCGGGAAAUGUUUCACUCAGAAGGGAGAGCUUGCUGAACACCAGAGAAUUCACACGAGUGAACGACCUUAUUCAUGUUCGGAGUGUGGGAAAUCAUUCACUAAGAAGGGAGCACUUACUAGACACCAGAGAAUUCACACAAGUGAGCGUCCUUUCCCUUGUUCAGAGUGCGGGAAAUUUUUUACUCAAAAAGCACAUCUUGUUACACAUCAGAGAAUUCACACAGGUGAGCGUCCUUAUUCAUGUUCAGAGUGCGGGAAAUGUUUCACUCAGAAGGGAGAGCUUGCUGAACACCAGAGAAUUCACACGAGUGAACGACCUUAUUCAUGUUCGGAGUGUGGGAAAUCUUUCACUAAGAAGGGAGCACUUACUAGACACCAGAAAAUUCACACAGGAGAACGUCCACAUUCAUGUUCAGAGUGCGGGAAAUCUUUCACUCGGAAAGGAGCACUUGAUGAACACCAGAGAAUUCACACGAGGGAGCGUCCUUUCCCUUGUUCAGAGUGAGAGAAACUUUCACUCAAAAAGCACAUCUUGUUACACAUCAGAGAAUUCACACAGGUGAGCGUCUUUAUUCAUGUUCAGAGUGCGGGAAAUCUGUCACUGGCAAAAGAGACCUUGUUAAUCAUCUUAGAAUUCAUACAGGCGAGAGUCCUUAUUCAUGUUUAGAGUGCGGGAAAUCUUUCGCUGAAAAAGGAACCCUUGUUGGACAUAAAAUAAGAAUUCACACCAGCGAGCGUCCUUAUUCAUGUUCAGUGCGAGAAAUCUUUCAAUGAUAAAGGAGUCCUUGUUUAAACAUCAGAGAAUUCACACAGGUGAGCAUCCUUACUCAUAUUCAGAGUGCGGGAAAUCUUUCACUGAAAGAAGCACUUAUUGUACAUCUGAAAACACACACAGGGGAGCAUCCUUAUAUAUGUUCAAAGUGCGGGAAAUAUUUCCCUCAGAAAAAAAAACUUAUUCGGCACCAGAGUGUUCACACAGGUGAGCGUCCUUUCCCUUGUUCACAGUGCGGGAAAUCUUUCACUACGAAAGGAAUCCUUGUUAAACAUCUUAGAAUUCAUACAGGUGAGCGUCCUUAUUCAUGUUCAGAGUGCGGGAAAUCUUUCACUCGAAAAGCAGAUCUUGUUACACAUCAGA